GGAAAUGUAGAAAGCCUGUAAAAAGCAAUCAAAUUUUCCAUUUCUUCCCCCUUUCUUCUCACCUGCAAAAAACAAAACAAAAAAAAAGAACACAAAACCCUAAUUCUCCCUCCAUUUUUUCUUCUUAUCUGUUUACGACCUCCAAUCUGUGGCCCAAUUGUUGUUACGUCAGAGCUUCCAAAUUGAUGAGACCAUCCUGUCGAAGAUGCAUUUUGUCUUGCUGGAAUUUAGAGAGGGUUACUCUGUGAAGGGUUUGCGGUCUUUGUCUGACAAAUGUCUUUUGAAGAGAAGAAAGUAUAGCCUAUUUUUACUCCAUUAGCACUUCUAUUGUUGAAGCUUAUUUAUCUAUAGUUUGCAAAGGCCCAUAAGCAAUCUUGCCAGUUUGAUCUCCUAGUGUUAAAAGGCCCUAUGGCGGUCGUCAAACCAGAGAUGAAGUCCUACAUUUGGCUCCAAACUGCUGAUGGUUCAAUCCAACAAGUAGAGGAAGAGGUUGCCAUGUUUUGCCCAAUGAUAUGCCGAGAAGUACUUCAAACUGGCAUGGGAUCGUCGAAAAAUUAUGCCAUAUCACUUCCUCAACGUGUCAAUCCUGCUAUUCUGGGAUUAAUACUGGAGUAUUGUCAAUUUCAUCAAGUUCCUGGUCGUUCUAAUAAGGAGCGCAAGAUUUUUGAUGAGAAGUUCAUCCGGUUAGAUACUAAGAAGUUAUGCGAGUUGACAUCUGCUGCUGACAGCCUUCAACUGAGGCCUCUGGUUGACCUUACAAGUCGUGCGCUUGCUCGGAUGAUUGAAGGAAAAACUCCCGAGGAGAUACGUGAAACUUUCCAUUUGCCAGAUGAUUUAACAGAGGAAGAGAAGUUGGAACCUCUGAGAAAUAUGACCGAUGAUCCACGUAUCCGUCUUCUCAAUCGACUCUAUGCCAGGAAAAGGAAAGAAUUAAAAGAACGAGAGAAAUUAAAGAAUGUCGAGGUAGAAGAAGAGCAGCAUGUGGAUGAACGAUCAGUUGAUGAUCUUCUAUCUUUCAUAAAUGGGGCAGAUGAAGAUUCUAAGAGUGCAAGAGCAACAAAGAGUAAAAAGAAAAAUAGAAGGAGAAAAGAACAAGCUAGAAAUUCGUCUACAAAUAAUGAAACUGGAAACCAUAAUCAGGAAUCUAACUGUCCUACAUCUAGCUGCCUGAAUGGUGACACCGGUGAUGUGCUUUCUCCAUUGCCUUCUGAUCUGCAAGUCUCUGCAUCUGUUAAGUUUUCACCCAAACUUGACUUUGAUGAUGGUGAUAUUGAUGAUGAGUUAGAUCCUGCGAUGAAGGAAGAAAUUGACAGGGAGGUUGAGGAUUUUGCUAGGAGACUAAACUCUGAUUGGCCAGAAAGAAUGCAGGAGAUUUUGUCCCUGGGUCAAGAAAGGAGGCCUGUACCACUAUCUGUGAACGGGAAUGGUUCCCUGAGGAGAUAUACUGGUUUGGACAGGAGAUAAUGGUUCAAAUGGUGGAUUAUGAAUCUUUGGAUUCAGUUGAGCUUAACAUGCCAGCUUGUCUGUGUCUGCUGUUUCGAAAAGACAGUAAAGCUUCAGUGUUCAUUGCUUGUAAAGUUCUUUCCGCUUAUCUAUCAGACCACAGGAGUUUAUUUCCACCUGCUGAGCUGCCUAAAGUGAUUUCUGAACGUGGGGAAAUGACCUGACUGGUUAAAGUUUUUGGGGAAUUUCGAGAUAGAAGGGAACUCUCUGUGAUAUGUGGUUUCAUGGUUACCACCAUUUCAUUUGUCCUGCAGUUCCAGAUACAAGUUCCAAUUUUGCAAAAAAAUCAAAAUCUUAGAUUUGUUUUCCUAUUCUUUAAUAAUUUAGUUCAAAUUAAGCUGUCGCUACUAUUCGCUAUUUAUUUUUACUUCCUGAAUGGUCUUUUCAAUUUAAUGUUUCUUGGAUACAACCGUACAGGGGGAUAUAAUAUGAGCAUUAUCGCCAUGAAAUGGCUUAAAGCUGCAGGGUUCUAUGCUCCAAUUUGUAUCAUCAUGUAAUGUCUCAAGAAGUAUAUUUGUGUGUACCCUGUUGUAAAAUUUGUGCCUUGGCAUUAAAUAUCUAGUGAACUAAGACAUCUCUUUCCGGUUCGAGAUGGUGUUUAUCUUCUUUUUGUGUAAAUAUUUGGCUCAUAUGACCAUAAUUUUAGAGCUUAUACUAAAAAAUUCUGCAUUGUAAUUCACUUGCAAGUUUGCCUUUCAGAUACUUACAGAAAGGUUCGAUA